AGCACCAGCCUCUUCCAGAAGUUUCCUCGCUCGGUUUCCACAUCGGUGGGAACACAUGGACUGUCCUGUUUUGAGAGGCGGUUCUAUUUAAUGUUCAGUUUGUGUAGUAUAAGUUAACUGACAUCGUCUCGGUGAACAGUAGGAGGUUGUCUACGACCCAUGACGAGGGAAGCUAACCUUGACAGUUAGCAAGCAGCUAUUGUCCGCAGCAGGGACAGCUGUAACCUGGCCCUCAGUCGGGACAACUGGGUGUGAUGUUAGCACUGAAGAGAAACUCAAGUGUCAUUAUGUUUUUUUAAAGUGAAAGAAGAAGUGACCGGUUGUUGACAUGGGUAAAGAUUACUAUAAAGUGUUGGGAAUCGCCAAAGGUGCCUCUGAAGAUGAGAUAAAAAAGGCAUACAGAAAACAGGCCUUACGCUUUCAUCCCGACAAAAACAAGUCUCCCGGAGCAGAAGACAAAUUCAAGGAGAUAGCUGAAGCCUAUGAUGUCCUCAGUGAUGUCAAGAAAAAGGACAUUUAUGAUCGCUUUGGAGAAGAAGGACUAAAGGGUACACCUGCUAGUGGAGGACACACUGGUCAAAGCUACAACUACACCUUCCAUGGAGACCCUCACGCAAUGUUCGCAGAGUUCUUCGGUGGCCGCAGCCCUUUCGAUCAUUUUUUCCCACAAAAUGGGCAUGAUGACAUGGACAUCGACGACCCUUUUGGUCAAUUUGGCAUGGGAAGAAUGGGUGGCAUGAGUGGCUUCCAAAGGUCCUUUAAAUCCCACCCAGGUGGCCCGCGCAGAGCGCACGAGAAGAAGAAGGACCCGCCCGUCAUGCACGAGCUAAAGGUGAGCCUGGAGGAGGUCUUCUCGGGCUGCACCAAAAAGAUGAAGAUUUCCCGGAAGCGACUGAAUCCGGACGGCUGCACCAUGCGUAACGAAGACAAGAUUUUAACGGUCGACAUCAAGCGCGGCUGGAAGGAAGGGACGAAAAUCACCUUUCCCAAAGAGGGAGACGAAACUCCCAGCAACAUUCCUGCAGAUGUGGUGUUUGUAGUUAAAGAUAAACCCCACCCGGUGUUCAGAAGAGAAGGCUCAGAUAUUAUAUAUCCUGCAAAAAUAUCCCUCAGAGAAGCGCUGUGUGGAUGCACAGUCAACGCCCCUACACUGGACGGGCGGACCAUCACUGUGUCCUCCAGAGACGUUGUCAAACCUGGGAUGAAAAAGCGAAUUGCUGGAGAGGGACUCCCUCUAUCCAAGUGCCCCGAGAAGAGGGGUGACAUGGUCCUGGACUUUACGGUGAAAUUUCCUGAAAAACUGGGCCAAAGCACACGAGAUGCACUAAAGCAGAUCCUUCCACCGUAACAAGUUAACAUUUCCAGCAACACACUCCUCUGCUCUUUAGACCGGACAACUGAGGCUCAGGGCAGAUUUGGUUCACUCUAUUAAGCGUCUAAAGACUUGGAAACUGACAGAGCAGCUUACAUAAGGGUUUGUGUGUGCGCUCAGUGGAGGUUGAUUAACAGGUUAACAUCAAAAUAAUAUCGCAAGUUUCUGAUAAAUUAGCUAAAUGAAACGUGAAGGAAUACUAGUUCCAUCCACUCCUGUUAUGCAAUUAUGAGAAUUACGAGUUCAUAGAGAUGAGCAGUCUGGAAACCAUUCCCCUUUGCAGAAAAGGGUGCAACAGUACGACUUAUAGAGCACCAGUCAAAGCUGAAAAACAAUAUAGAAAACUGGAUGGAAGUAACCCAUUUCUGUUUGUGUCAUGUAUUAACGUAGGGGAAUAUUACAUCUGGUCUGUGUGGAGCCAUUAGGUUUAAUCUGCCGCUAGUUUUCAUCUCUGGUGGCCCAGCACCUUCAGUGGAAGUUGAACUAGUUGAAGUUGAACUAGCAUGCUUCAUGUACGUCAUAAUUUAUUUGCUAGAUGUUUUUCCAUUGCACUUUGUCAUGUUUAGAUUUCACCGUUACACCAACUCUUUCAGCUGAGCCUAGAAUUGAAAUAUCUUUUGUGGUAAAUAGAGGAAAUUAUUAAUGAUGGUGUGUAUAAAGAUACUAAAGAAGUUGUCAUGUCAGGUGUGGUUGCAAGAAGGACACACUGUGUUUUUGAAGUAACAGUAGCAGUUUUUUGGGAGUGUUUUAAGGGAGCACGGAGCUAGCUGAUUGACAAAACCUCAGGUGCAGUGACGCAUGCUUUUAUGUGGUUUGAACUGCAUUACUCAAAAGGAUGUGAGUUUUGGUUGCCUUUAGAUCGAGUAAAGGCUAAAAUACAUCCUGAGAGGUUAAAUCAUUGGAUCUGACCCUCUGUAUUAGCACCAAAAGAUGACUUUUGAAGCAGAUCGGUGUCAGCCAGAUCUGAUAAUAAAUAAUAUACAUUGUUUGUCAAUUUGGUGUUUUAGUUAUCUACACUCUUUGUCACAGCAAAUCGCCGUUUUGUAGGGCCCGAUCUCAAACUGACUAUAAAAAUCCAUCCAUCGAUCAACCGCUUAUCAGGAGUUGGGUUUCGGGGGUAGCAGUUCUAGCAGAGGGCCCCAAAAUUCCCUUCCUAGAAAAAUACAAUUUAAAAAAUACACAAGUCUAAAAAUGAGUUCAACAUUAAAAAUGUUCAUUUGAGAUAAAGAGAACUGACAGGCUCUUUGUGUCGGCAGAUUUCAGAGUUAAGGUAUCAAACGGCUAUUGGGAGGGAGGGAAAUUGAUCCCUAAUGUUUACUUCUAAUGUUUAUCCAGCUCAUUACUUAUAUAAAAGAUAUGUGGGGAGACUUUUUGUGCCAAAUAUUUGUCCCUGUGUAGUUAAAAUAUGUCUGUCUAAAGUAUGUGGAGAGCAUGUGUAUAUCCUGUAACAGUAUGUGUGACUGACUAAGCUACCAAAAGCUAUUUACUGCACUCGUACCCUUUGAGGAUGCUUAAUUUACAGUUUGUAUUACAUUUCAGUUCCUACGUUUGACUUCAGUCGGGUCUAGACUAAAUAUUGCAGAGAAUAAGAUGAAGUGAAACCUGCAUUAAAUAUUUUAGUUUGAUUAUUUUAUCCUAUAUCUUUUAUUGCUCCAGGAUGUUCAGCUUCUGGAAAUAUGUAGUAAAAUUCACUCAACUCUGCAAUAUUCAGCAUGUGCACCUCGACUGUAUGAUGAUGGAAAUUAGUAAAUCAGUAUUGUUCUUUUUCCACUUUAAGUACAGUGGGGCAAAAAAGUAUUUAGUCAGCCACCAAUUGUGCAAGUUCUCCCAUUUAAAAAGAUGAGAGAGGCCUGUAAUUUUUAUUAUAGGUAUACCUCAACUAUGAGAGACAGAAUGAGAAAAAGAAAUCCAGAAAAUCUCAUUGUAGGAUUUUUUAUGAAUUUAUUUCAAAUUAUUGUGGAAAAUAAGUAUUUGGUCAAUAACAAAAGUUCAUCUCAAUACUUUGUUAUAUACCCUUUGUUGGCAAUGACAGAGGUCAAACGUUUUCUGUAAGUCUUCACAAGGUUUUCACACACUGUUGCCGGUAUUUUGGCCCAUUCCUCCAUGCAGAUCUCCUCUAAAGCAGUGAUGUUUUGGGGCUGUCGCUGGGCAACACAGACUUUCAACUCCCUCCAAAGAUUUUCUAUGGGGUUUGAGAUCUGGAGACUGGCUAGGCCACUCCAGGACCUUGAAAUGCUUCUUACGAAGCCACUCCUUCGUUGCCCUGGCGGUGUGUUUGGGAUCAUUGUCAUGCUGAAAGACCCAGCCACGCUUCAUCUUCAGUGCCCUUGCUGAUGGAAGGAGGUUUUCACUCAAAAUCUCACGAUACAUGGCCCCAUUCAUUCUUUCCUUUACACGGAUCAGUCGUCCUGGUCCCUUUGCAGAAAAACAGCCCCAAAGCAUGAUGUUUCCACCCCCAUGCUUCACAGUAUGGUGUUCUUUGGAUGCAACUCUGCAUUCUUUCUCCUCCAAACACGACGAGUUGAGUUUUUACCAAAAAGUUCUAUUUUGGUUUCAUCUGACCAUAUGACAUUCUCCCAAUCCUCUUCUGGAUCAUCCGAAUGCCUAGCAAACUUCAGACGGGCCUGGACAUGUACUGGCUUAAGCAGGGGGACACGUCUGGAACUGCAGGAUUUAAGUCCCUGGCGGCGUAGUGUGUUACUGAUGGUAGCCUCUGUUACUUUGGUCCCAGCUCUCUGCAGGUCAUUCACUAGGUCCCCCCGUGUGGUUCUGGGAUUUUUGCUCACCGUUCUUGUGAUCAUUUUGACCCCACGGGGUGAGAUCUUGCGUGGAGCCCCAGAUCGAGGGAGAUUUGCAGUGGUCUUGUAUGUCUUCCAUUUUCGAAUAAUUGCUCCCACAGUUGAUUUCUUCACACCAAGCUGCUUACCUAUUGCAGAUUCAGUUUUCCCAGCCUGGUGCAGGUCUACAAUUUUGUCUCUGGUCUCCUUUGACAGCUCUUUGGUCUUGGCCAUAGUGGAGUUUGGAGUAUGACUGUUUGAGGUUGUGGACAGGUGUGUUUUAUACUGAUAACGAGUUCAAAAAGGUGCCAUUAAUACAGGUAACGAGUGGAGGACAGAGGAGCCUCUUAAAGAAGAAGUUACAGGUCUGUGAGAGCCAGAAAUCUUGCUUGUUUGUAGGUGACCAAAUACUUAUUUUACUGAGGAAUUUACCAAUUAAUUCAUUAAAAAUCAGACAAUGUGAUUUCCUGGAUUUUUUUUACAGGUCUCAUCUUUUUAAAUGGGAGAACUUGCACAAUUGGUGGCUGACUAAAUACUUUUUUGCCCCACUGUAUUUUGGUGUUGCCUGCUCCUGUGGGAGUUUUACGUUUCUUACAUGGGGUUUAAGAUGAAUGUAUGUGUAAGCCCCGUUUUUGUUUCCCUCAUUUUUCCUUUUUUUAAAGGCAAAAUGUGUCACCAUCAUCUAGUUUUACCUCCUGUUUUUAUGUUGUUUUUAAAAUGCCUCAGGUUGGAGUUCAAGAUAUUUUGAUUUUUAGCUGUGAGGCUUAAAUGGAUUGAUAAUGAGAUUGAGACAUUUUCAAUAGAUCCUAUGCUGUGAUGAUUUGCAUUUCCAUAUUAAAAAGACUGGCAAGUAUCUAACCAA